GCAAGGCACAUAUUUACCAAUGAUGAGCAUGGAGACUUUAUCGCUCAAAAGUUCAUAACAUUAUUAUCCAUGCAUCUUUCAUAUUAAAGUUGACAUUUUCUAAAAUAAUGCAGUCUUAAAAUAUUAUGAUGUUAGGUUCCAAACUAUCAUCUUAUAACAAAAUCAAAGUUUCAGUUUGCCGACUGUGGGAUUUAUGGCACAGCUUGUUCUUGUGCAUUUACUCUAUGUGUGUUUAUGCAUGCACUUAAAAGCGGUUCAAUUCUGUUGAUAAGAAUGAGGACGGAGGAUUAAGAGACUUUAUUGUUUAGUUCAGAUGGCUGUUAUCCGUGUACAUUUACUCUUCAGUAUGCAACGCCGACCCCCACCUCUCUCUCACCCACAUUCACAGAUUAUGUCACUGUGCUUUAUCAAUCUUAUAGCACCAACAACUGCGGUGUGUGCCGUAUAAUGUUUGUUCUCACUAAAACAUCAUGUAUGGCCCCUGUUCUAAAAACCAACUUCCGACUGUCUUCUAUUCACAGAGAUGAAGUGUUAGGAGUGUAAAAACGGGAUGAGAGGAAGGUAGAGGUGCGCAUAAAGAGGGAGGAGGGUGUUCAAAAGGAUGGGAGGGUUAGUGCGCAUGAAUCCUGAUGGUCCUCUGGCAGACUGACCACAGUGGAAUUGAUUCGCUCCUCCCGUAUAAACAGAGAGCAACAGGAACAAAAGAGGCUUAAGUCUGAAAAGCAAGCAUUUCACUUUCAGAUUAGGAGACAGUGGCAGACUGAAAAAGACGGAGAGAUAAACACAGAAGAGGUGGACUGACAGAGGAAGGUGAGUAAAAAACUUUGACUUUGUUCUUUGCUCAGAUGUGCCUCUAUUUGUGGCAACAUUUCAUUCGACACUGAUUUAAAGCUGAAUUGUGGGUAAGUGAAAUUACACAUCACACUUGGACAAAUUUGUUAUAUUUUUUUAUGAAACAAUACUUAAUACUUAUGCAGCUGUGUUUUUCUAACAUAUGCUGGGUUUUCUGGGUACAGCAGCAUCAUGUCUUAGUCUUUUUCUUUUACUUUCUGUCUGUCUCUCUGUUAUAGUUAAUGUCUAAGAGAGUGAAUGGCUCAUGGAUGGGGUCUAUCUCUGUCCCGUCCUCCAUCCCUCAUGCCUUCCGCUCACAGCUCUCUUCAUCUGCUGACCUCAGCAUAGCCAUCUUACUCAUCAUCACAGGUGUGGUGUCGGUGGUCGGGAAUGGGCUGGUUUUGUUGGUUUACGGUCAGAGGAGAAAGAAGCUCAGAGCGCACGAGCUGAUGACCAUCAAUCUGGCCGUUUGUGAUUUUGGCUACAGGCUGCUGGGGGCGCCAUGUAUCAUCACCUCAAGUCUGUCGCAUGCAUGGAUUUUUGGGGAAACAGGAUGUAUGUGGUACGGGUUUCAGGGCUUCGUUUUUGGCAUUGGGUCUCUCAUCACUACCUGCCUUAUCUCCCUUGACCGCUGCUUCAAGAUCUGUAGCUUUCGAUAUGGUCAGUGGAUUGAGAGAAAACAUGCCUCUCUGUCUGUGGCUCUGGUGUGGAUCUAUACAUUAUUCUGGGCCUCACUUCCUGUGUUUGGCUUUGGUAGUUACGGACCGGAACCAUUUGGAACCAGCUGCACCAUAAACUGGUGGAGAAUGAAGUCUUCACUUAAUGAUAGAAUCUAUAUUUACCUGAUCCUGUCACUUUGCUUUGGACUUCCCACGUUCACUAUCAUCACUUCAUACCUCGCUAUCCUCAUCAAGGUGUAUUGGUCUGGACGGAUAUUGGCUUCAAUCCCUUUAUCCAGUGUCACUCACAACAGCAAAGAUCUCCGGCUGACAAAGAUAGCAGCAUUGGUGUGUUCCUCAUUUCUGAUUGCCUGGACUCCCUAUGCGAUUGUUUCGCUCUACUCCGCUUUGACUGCCAGAGAGGAGCACACUGGAGAAGACGGAGGAACCGCUCUCACGGCUGGAAUGCCAGCAACAGGGGUCGGCCAUGGCGGAGGGUUGUCUGACGUCUUUGGUUUUCCCUUCCUCAUUAACUGGACCUCUUCAGAACACUUCGGGGAUGCUUUUGGCACCUGGAGGAAUAUGACUUCAGAUCAUUCCCAUCAUUCAGUAGGGGAUCAUGGAUCAAGUUCAACUGUGGGUUCUGCACAUGGAGGAAUGAAUGGACAUCAGUCACAUCUUGUGUCCAUCCUGAAGCCAGAGGUCUCACUCGUCCCCGCUAUUUUUGCCAAGUCCCACUGCAUGAUAAACCCCUUUAUCUACCAGAUCAUGAACCGUGACUUCAGGGAGGACGUCUAUGAUCUCCUGUGCUUGAGAGGAAAAGAUGGAGAGAGGAGGAGAACAAGGAGCACAGACGGCAGUGAUUCUGAUGGAUAUCGUGGAAGCAUCACUCUCUCUUAUAUUCACAGCUGGAGAAGAAGAAGCACACCUACCAGUCAGACGUCUGGGGACCGUGUGAAAAAAGAUUCCUCACGGAAGAGUAGAGGGAGUAGAGGUCAGAGAGGGUCCGGUCAGGACAGUGCAGCAGUCGGGUGGGCAACCUUGGAUACUACAACCUUAGAUACGCAGACCAACUUAGAAAGAGAGAGAGGGAAGGAGGUGGAAAGAGAGCUGAAAAAAGAAUUUAGAGAACCCACCUCUAACAGCUUGUUGACAGGUGAGGAGUGACAGCAUCAGCAAAGUUCAUAAUGCAGUUAGUUAGCUCAAAAUAUCUGUUGUUUUAGUUAAUAAGCAGUGUUUCUUUGUUUCCAUUAGUGUCAUCCAGUGUGUGAUUUUACACACUAUUUUGCACCUAUCAAGUCUCACACUGGUACUUUGACACGAGGCU